AUGACCCGUUAUAAGCUAGCAGUAGUUAUAGGCAAAACGGCCUGGCAGAUCAGCGAUCGUUUGAACGAGGAACGUAUCGUCGGAGGUGUUCCAGUAGAUAUUCGUGAUUUUCCAUACCAGGUGUCGCUACGUCGGGGAAGACACUUUUGCGGUGGGUCGAUUAUUGACGCUGAAUGGAUACUAACUGCCGCCCAUUGCACAAGAACCAUCAACGCCCUCGGUCUUUGGGUUCACGUCGGUUCCACCCAUGUAAACGAUGGUGGUCGAUCAGUCAAAGUGAGACGAAUUCUUCACCAUCCGAAGCAAAAUUCUUGGAGUGAUUAUGAUUUCUCACUACUCCAUCUGGACCAACCGCUAAAUUUCAGCGAAACGGUUCAACCGAUUCGUAUGCGUAGACCGUCGACAAACGAAGGUGACGCAGAACUGUCGGAUGGUACCUUGUGCAAAGUUUCCGGCUGGGGCAACACUCACAAUCCGGAUGAAUCUUCUCUCGUGCUACGGGCUGCCAGUGUUCCCCUGACCAACCACCAACGGUGCGGCGAGGUGUACGAAGGCAUUGGACGCGUCACCGAAAGUAUGAUAUGUGCGGGGUACGACGAGGGAGGCAAGGAUUCCUGCCAGGGAGAUUCGGGCGGGCCGCUCGUGUGUGACGGUCAAUUGACCGGAGUAGUAUCAUGGGGUAAGGGAUGUGCCGAGCCGGGAUUUCCGGGAGUUUACGCAAAGGUUUCGACAGCAUUCGAGUGGAUCGAACGCACGUUGCAGGUAGAACGUGUAUCCGAAGCACCGGACAAAGUAGAAGCCUUUUAG